UCACCAUCCUGUGCUGACGAGAAACGCAGUGGAUCGUCCAAGGCUACCAGACAAUGCUGAAAGAGGUCGACGACCAACUCGACAGCCAUCCUCCCGACCUGGUCAUCGCACCAGUAGGCGUGGGCUCCUUCGCUCAGGCCGUGGUGGCGCACUACAAGUCCCCCGGCAAAACCACCAAAGUCGUGACCGUCGAGCCCGACACAGCCGCCUGCCUCUGGAAAAGCCUCGCCAAGGGAUCCCCAGACGCCAUCCAGACAUCCCACACCAUCAUGGCCGGCAUGGACGCCGGCACCGUCUCCAGCAUCGCCUGGCCGUUCCUACGAGACGGCGUCGACGCCAGCGUCACCGUAAGCGACCACGAGUCCCACCUCGCCGUCCAGGAACUCGUCGAAUCAUCCGCUGCUGUCCUAGCUGGACCCUGCGGCGCCGCUACCCUGGCUGCCCUCCGUCGCCUGACCUCGACCCCUCACGACAGGCAACGUCUCAACCUCACCCCAGACGCGACCGUCGUGCUCCUCUGCACCGAAGGCCGCAGACCCUAUCCGCCCCCCCGCGACGUCAGCCUCGAGGACGCCACCUCCCUCACGCAGGCGCUGGUGCGCAUCAACUCGGCCGUCCCGGGGACAGGAACAGUCCAAGGCCCCGGCGAGACGGAAAUCGCCCAAUUCAUCGCCGCGUGGCUGGAACACCGCGACAUGGAAACCCACUGGAUCGAACCCACCCCCGGCCGGCCUUCUGUCGUAGGAAUCGUCCGCGGCACGGGGGGUGGCAAAUCCCUCAUGUUCAACGGCCACAUCGACACCGUCACCACAGCAAGCUACUCAGGCGACCCCCUCAGCGGCGUCAUCCAGAACGGGAAACUCUACGGCCGCGGCUCCGCCGACAUGAAAUCCGGGCUCGCCGCCUCCCUUGUCGCCCUAGCCGAGGCGAAAAAAACACCCCUGGCAGGGGACGUGCUCCUCGCCGCCGUAGCCGACGAAGAAGACCUCAGCAUCGGCACCGAACAAGUCCUGGAAGCAGGCUGGCGCGCCGACGCCGCCGUCGUGUGCGAACCCACCGACGAAACCCUCGCCAACGCCCACCGCGGCUUCGCGUGGCUCGAGGUCGACAUACACGGCGUCGCGGCCCACGGGUCCCGCUUCGACCUCGGCGUCGACGCCAUCACGCGCGCGGGCUCCUUCCUCGUCGAGCUGGCGCGGUAUUCCGACUCUUUACUGUCCGGGACGAGAGACGACCCGUUGCUGGGCCCGCCGAGCGUGCACGCUUCCAUGGUCCGCGGCGGGGAGGAACCCGCCUCGUACCCCGCGAAAUGCACCGUGGUGCUGGAGCGGAGGACCGUCGUCGGCGAGACGCCCGAGUCGGUGCGCGGCGAGGUGCUGGAGCUGCUGCGGCGCGCGGCGGAGAAUGUGGCCGGCCCGGAGUUGAACUACCAUGUCAGGGUCACUUUCUUCCGGCCGCCGUUCGCCGUCCCGGAGACGGAACCUAUCGUUCAGCUCGUGAAGCGCGCGCACGAGUCCGUCUCCGGGGAGGCUGCCGUGGUCAAGCCUGUUUCGUACUGGACCGACUGCGCCUUGCUUGCUGAUAAGGGCAUACCGGCUGUGUUGUACGGGCCCAAGGGUCAUGGUCUCCAUUCCAAGGAGGAGUGGGUAGACGUGAAGUCGGUCGAGACGGUGGCCUCUACGCUGGUGCAUGUGAUGAAAGAAUUCUGCGGGAGUCCGUAAGCAUCGAGGUAUGAUACCCGGACCCUUGGUCAUACACAGCCUCUACUCCUCUGCUCAAGGUCCUUCGUCUCACGUCUUUGCGAAUUUCACUGCUUCAUUCCAACUGUCCAGCCAAUCCUCCACCUCCUUCAGGGGGAACAGGGAGAGGAGCUCGACUGAUAUGAAACGAAGCCUCGGUCAAGUUGCUUGCCUUCGUCAAAACCCAUGCAUACACACAGCAAACAACCGACCUCUUCGGUGAUGCGAAAAGGUGCCGACCAUCGUCAUCCGAGUCGUCAUCCAAGUGCAGAGCCCAAGUGUAACCGCGACCAAGACCAAACGAACCCCGUCCCGUCAUACCCAUCAUCUUCCUUCACGUCUUUCUCUUCGCCAUAUUGUCCGUCCGUCCUCUGGCCUCGAAUUACUCGCGAUAAACUGUAUCUAUAAAUC